GUCCGUUGGAUAUAAAUCCAGAAAGGGACCGUUGCUUUCGUCCAAAGUCUAUAUAUUAGCGGCUUCAUAUCUCAGACCGAGAGCAUUGAAGAGAGCUUGAGCACUCGUAAACUUACCGCAAAAACUUAGGUCAGCAGGACUCAUUCACCGCCUUGGACUCCCCUUCAAAGUCUAUCUAUCCUAGGAAGACCCAUCUUUUUAUCGCCAGCUGGAUCCAUUAUUGAUACACCUGGAUUACUUCCGUCGCCCGACACCCAAAGGAGAAAAUCUACCCCUCUACUUUCCUUUCCCUACAGUAUUGUUGUGCAUUUCUCAUUUUCAGACCCCACACGGAAAGUUGGAAAUUCAAUCACCAUGGCAUCCAGAAGGAGUCUCCAAGUCCAGCAGGAUUACAACUACGGCCGACCCAUCCCAAAUGGGAUGUCGGGGCCCCCGCGAAGGUAUGGACACCGAUUUGACCAUGCCACCAGGACGUACAAGCUGACGAGAACCAAAAGUACUUAUCAGGACGUCACUCACCCAGGAGCGUUUGACAGUUCCUACUACCCAACCACCAGGUAAGGAAGCUUGUUUCCAAGAACUCGAAGCCAAACCGCUGAAGGACUGAAUUGUGAAGCACCCCAUACAUAUCCGAUGUAGCAGCUUCAAGUUAUAGUCCAAUGCCGAACAUCGCUCCUGGAUCAUCUCUUUUGCGUGCCGACUCGAUGUACAGCACCCCCAGUGGGUAUAAUCCAGGGCCAUCGUCGGCCAUAUACGGAUCUGCAGGUCCCGGAUUCGCUUCUUAUCCCAGUCAGGUCUCCAAUUAUGGCAGAGUUUCGCCCGAAACAUAUCUGGAUGAUUACGUUGUUUCUCAAAGUCCCAAGGACUAUAUUCUUGAUACCCCAAGUCGGGGUAACAAAGCCAAAUCCGAUGGCAAAGGACACUCCUCGCAAAGACGGCCUUCUAACAGAGAUGAAUUUGACGGACCACAUCAAUUUUUGCAACGACCCCCACCAGAAUACAUUGCCCAGCAGGAAAGAGAUUUGCCACAUCUCCCAACCAAUCUGGUGGUCCACGAGCAGGAUGCCAUUCUCACCAGAGUCAAUGAUCGACUUUCUCAGUGUGCUUUCGACUUUGUGGCGAAAUACCAGUUUCCUAUUCCUUUAGCCAAUGGAGAAUUACGGCCAGUGGAGAGACCUCAAGACCGAGAGUGGACGGAAUGGGUAUACCUUUUGAAGCGGCUGGCUACUAAAAGACGUAUCCCUGCAAGAGUUCUAUAUAACGGUCAGAUCAAACAAUUCAUCACUAUCCUGGAAAACUCCUUGGAAAUGCGACAUGCCGCAAAACAUCAAUCACGUCCACCAAAAGACGAUAGGAAUAUACUCCAGUUGAUUUCCGCAGGAAUUCAAGUUGGAAAGAUUCUGAGGGAUGCAGAGGCUAUGUCGUAUUUGGAUCGGUUGUACUCUACGUAAGCAACCCGCCUCCCUGGCUCUUUUCUCAUCCCAAAUCAAAUUGUCUCUAUGGGACGGGAUCUUACUUUGGUCAUUGGGAAAGAAGGAAGUGCUAACGUUUUUGAUAGAACCGAGAAACAAAUCCAGGAACGAGCCGCUGCCACUCGAUAUCGCUCUUGAUGAGACAUUCAUUUGCACAACUUUUACGUUGAGCGUGUAAGUGUUCGAGUUAUUUUCGACACGGGGGCGUUCCGAGUUACACAUAACCAUGUGAUCAACUUUUCAGAUUUGGUAUUGUCCUUGUCCUUGGACCCUUGGGAGUAACUUUCCAAAUUCUGUCAUCUGUUACAUCUCCUUUUUCAGGCCCACCCAGGGACCCAACGAAUCUCCAUGUACUUUUUCUUUACUCUCCGGAUUUGGAUAAUACCCAUGGGCUCAAGACCGGUCGUUGUGCACUUUCUAUUCAUUCUCGCCGGACUUGGGAAAUGCCGGAUUGAAGACCACAAACCGUGGCAUCGGAGCCAAGAACUACCGGAAGAGGAUCUUUUGAAUUGCUGGAAAAAUCGAAUAGAGAGUGCCACUGCGAAUGGUUGGCGGUUCGAGACAGAACAGAUAUCGAGAAUUGAUUCCCUUGUGAGGAAUAUUUAUGAGCAAAUGAUUUUAUGGGCGAUAAAGGCUUAGAAGGCCGAGCGAAGUACAGAUUUGUUCCCAAGUUGCCCCCUCUUUCUUUGAUCUUCCGCCGGUGUAGCUGAUUGUUAUAUUGUCGUGUAUUGGCAUUUGAAGCUUGCAAUUGCUGCGUUUGGAAUUUUUCACAGCAUGUCUUCAGCUCGGGCGUCGCGGCGAUAUUUGCUAUGGAAUUGGAGUGGGAUUUAGUAAGGUGUUAUAUAGUCUCGGUGACAGGAAGGGUAAUUCGCAGAUAUGCCAAGAUGAUGUGGUUGGAAGAGAUAGCC